UCAGGGGGUGGAGGUGGGUGGGUGCUUAGAUGAGUCUGUCAACGGUCUUGGUAUUGUGGGUGGCCUGUCCUCUUAUUGUAACCAUAUCAGUGCCCCUUCCUUAAUAUUUCCAAUAGUUAAUCUGAUGUUCCAGCUGAAAGAAUAGCUGUCAUUAUCACUCGGAAAUCAAUUUAAGAGAUUUUUCACAUAAUGAACUGUCAGAAUCAAUAGAUAUGUCUUAGUGUAGGUAUUAUUUAGGUGUAGUGUAAAAUCCAUCCAUCCCCUCGUUUCCACUUCUCAUGGUGGGGUUGGAGCCUAUCCCAGCGGGUACUCUUAAAACUUCACAACUUAAAGUGGCCUAAUGGGGUCACGUUUAACUCUCUGUGCCAAAUGUGUUUUGCUAAGUAACUGUAAAUCUCUCAAGAAAAGAUAUUGCUGAAGUUCAUCAUAAUUACUUCCUUGGAGGUUUUUUCAUGAACGUAAUCCAUUCUUCUAAAGGUACCUAACACAUGGGAAAAGAGGAAACCAUUAUGUUUCCUUGCAAAAUAAAAUGUGUUGUAGGUGACAUUUAAACUUUUUGGUACAGGAAAUACUGAAAGACUCCACUUUAGCUGUAACACACACACACACACACACACACACACACACAGGAGUUUUUAUUGGUUCUGACGGGAGCACAUACCAUCACAUGACCCGUAAUCUAACCCUUUUCUCACACAGCGCUUUUGAGCUUGACCCAAGUUUCAGUUUAAUGUUAAUAUCAUGGCUUAAUUUUGACAUUUAGAAUAUUAGAAAUCAGUAUUAUGUAGGGAAAGAAGAAAACAACAACAUUAUUAUAACAACAAGCAAAAAAUAGGAGUAUAAAAAAAGACUGUCUCUUUAAAAGGCUCUAAUAAUGAAGCAAAGCAGGUUUUGGCAGGAGUGGGACCUCCCACUCCACUGUGUGUCUUUCUUUGUGUUUGUGACUUACUGCUGAUUCUCACAGUGGAGUGUAGAGUUUCACUUCUCUUAUCUGAUCAAAAAGAAAAAUACACAGACAAAAAAACAACAACACCACAUUAGGUAACUUGUUACUUAAACUGAUGCUGGUUCAGCUGUUUAAGAAGGCUUCAGCUCACCAUGGCCUACCGCCUGUUUGAAGGCAAGCAGCAUGCUUCUUCCUACUGGAGGUACAGGAUCUCUCCAUCAGAUCAUCUAUUUCAACACGUGCUCGACUUCCUGGAAAAACAUAAAGGUCGGCCCUUUGAGCUGGCAGUGGACGUGGGAUGCGGCUCAGGACAGGGCACUCUGCUGCUGGCCAGACACUUCGCCUGUGUGGUGGGCACUGACGUGAGUCCCGCCCAGCUGGAAGUGGCUUUGCAGCACGCUAAAGAGCCGAACAUCACGUACAAACAGUGUGGUGCCGAGGAGCUGCCACUCGCUGACAGCUCAGUGGACCUGGUGACGGCCAUGUCUGCCUUCCACUGGUUUGACAGGCCACGCUUUCUCGAAGAGGUCCACAGGGUCCUGAAGCCCCGCGGCUGCUUAGCCUUGCUCAACUACACCAUUGACAUGGAGCUCAGCUACGCCGACUGCUGCUCGCACUCACUAAACCAAGUCUGCAAAGAGUUUUAUGUAGCGUUGCAGCCGUACCGCAGCCCCCACCUUGGAGUGAGCUCUAUUAACUUGUACCGGGAGGCCUUAGAAACUAUUCCCUACCCUCACAAGGAAUGGCAGGAGUGUUUGUGGGACAGAAAGACCAUGCCUCUGUCCAGCUACAUGGGGCUGGUGGAGUCUUUCUCCAGCUAUCAGGCUCUGCUGAGAGACGACCCGCAGGAGGCCUCCAGACUCUCCCAGGACAUCUGUCAGAGGCUGAUGUCUGUAAUGAAGGUGACCUCUGCAGAGACAGAGGUGGUGGUGGCUGUCAAGUAUUUCUACCUUUUGGCCUGCAAACCACAGGAAGCCUGACACCUGUCUCCUCCAUUAUUAUUAUUAUUAUUAUUUUAAACAACAAAAAUGAACCUAAUUAAGGAUCCAGUAGAAAACAUGUCCUGUUUUUGUUUUCCCUUCAGUUUCUCUGUGCACAAAUGUAUCUCUUUGAUACUCAAAAUUUAGGACAAGCUCAGAAACAAAUAGUGCUAUAUAAUGCUUUAAUUACAUAAUUUAUUUCCUGUAUUUUAACUAAAAUUAGUCACGUGUGUACAUUUACCGUACAAACAUAAGAGUGAUAUUCAUCAUCACACUUAAUAAUCCAGCUUUUAUAAAACCAGCCUUUUCAUAGAGAAGUUGCACAGAAAGGUUGUGCAGAUAUUAUCUGCUGAAUACGCACUUUUCCCAAUAAGCACAGAAUUAUAUACUCAGUGUUUGCAUCAGAUUGCUUUAGUAAAUUCUCAGAAACAUGUGAAGCCUUCAUGGUGUUUCAUAAGUUGCCACUAGAGGGAGGCAUUGAUCAAUGUUCUACUGAUGUGAGACCAUUCCGAUCAGGUUUUUGUAAGUCUGGCAAAGCACCACCAUUAAAACCCGACUGCUGUGUCCUUGGUUUCUUCAUCAUCACCAUUAUCAGUGUCUGCUUGGCUUCAUUGCCCAGGAGGAGAUGUAAAUGAAGCCCCUGUUAUCUUAAUGUUGGUGUGCUUGGGCCAUUUUCAACCUUCAGUCUUUGAAAGUUCAUCGCAGCUUCUCUUAAAUUUGUUUGCUCAGAAUCUCAGUGAGAAAAUAGAAUUUCCUUAACUAUCACAAGGGGUUGGAGUUGCUAUUGCUUCUUAACAGUUCUCUAUGACCUUGUAUCACUCUUGUCUACAGGGCUUUAGAAAACCUUUGAACUUCUCAGGGCCCUCAUCCCAUUACAUACCACAGUGGAUUUAUGGGCUUGUUCUCCAGGCUAAUCCUUUUGUAUUCUUGUCUUUACUGAGCUAAGAGUAACUUUGUCAUGUUUGUUAUGCUUAAAAUAGCCUCAAUUUUGUUCUCAAACCCUGACUUUCUAACUGAGGGCCUUUAUUAUAAACACAUUAUAGUACUGGCAGUGCAGGAGUGUUAAACAUUAGAGUGCCACUUGUUGCUGCUGGCAUGACUUGAGAUCAUGGUUUGACUCAGGAGGGCCAAGUAAGCAUGUUUGCCUAAUCUGAAGUUGGUCUGCUUUAACCUUUAACCUCUUUAACCUGACUGGACAUCCUCAAAAUAUGUAGUUACCUACAUUUUGUUUCACUCUAUAUCAUUUUAUUUUUACAGUAUCUUCUUGUCUUCCUCCUCUGACCAGGCAGAAGUAUCUAACAAAAUCUGUUAAAUAGUGAAAAACAUGACAUUCUCACUUCCCGGUGCUUUUUGAUUUUCUUCUUCCAAUUUCUGGAUUUUUAAAUGAUGUUUUUUACCUUUAACUUUUUAGUUUCCUUUGAGCAUUAUUGCAGUUUUUUUACUGCUUAAUGUAAUUAAUGUAGUGAAGGCUACAGCUGAUUUAAACUAUGAUAGAAUAAUAGUUGUAAAUAAUAUUACUUUCAUGUAUUAAAUACAACAAUUUACUACGGCACAUCUGCGUCCUCCUUUUUCUCUGAUGUUUCAAGUGCAUGGGCUCCAUUCAGAUCUCAUUAUAAGCACCCUGCUAUUAUCUAAAGAUAUGGAAGGAAAUCAAUAGCUGUCUGUCCUUUGAAAUCACAUCUGUUCUGUCAGGCUGCUGACAAAGCUUAGCAGAAAGUCAGCUUGAAGGGAUUUAUUUUUAUUGAUCUGCUUUUGAAUUACAUCUUUGCACAAUGGGGUACUCUGUGCAUGCAUCUCUGCAGACUCCACAUCUUUGGGCACAGUCUGUGUCUAUGUAACAGUUUCUGAUUUUAAUGGGAAAUGAUUAAAAAUAAUGUGAAAGCUGAGAAUAAUUUGAAGACCACCUGGAAGUCAAGAACACAAACAAACCAAGAUCAGAAUCUUCAACUCUGAUCUUAAAUCAGUUUUGCUCUGUGGUGCAGAACAUUGGAGGAUGAGAAAGGCUCACAGACCUUCAUCAGCAGCUGUCUAAGGAACAUUUUGAAGACUUACUGGUCUAACUUGAUCUGCAAUGACCUGUAGGAAAAAGCAAAACAAAGACCUGCAGAAGAAGAGGAGGAUGAGAUGGGUAGGACUCAAGGGAACACCACCACAGACGAGCCUGAAGGAAAGGAAAAAAAGAGGCAGCCCAGAGUUUGAAUAAGCAAAUAUUUGAAUAUACAAAUAUGAGCUAGAGCUCAUUUGCAUCCUCCUCCAUCCCUAUACAAUGAUCAAACAGAAGCAAAGGGGCUCAAGGAGAGUUUUAGUUUCGUCAGCGCACGUGUGCGGUGAUUUGUGACUGAAGAAAACUCUGUGCUUUACGUCAGAGACGCCAGGCUCUGAUAGUAACUCUCAUUGAAUUCUGCAGAAUGUGCUGGAGCAACUUCAAACCAACUGAGAUAUUCUGUCAAACAGUGAGCAUGUCUGAUGUGUCUGCUAAACACGUGUUUCCAUCUGUGCAGUCUUCAAUGUUAUGCAUUAAAAACCAAAGCAAGGAUAUUAAUAACAGACAAAUAAUUUUGUAGAGCAUACAUCGUAAAAUGAACACAAGCACAAACAGUCCUCACGUGACUCAGUGUUUUCUGGUACUUGCAAACACUGCACAUUACACAUCAGCUUCCCGCAUGCCCAAGGACAGCAUGACCAAAUACUUCCAUCAGGGUCUACUUUUUGACACAAUUCUUCUUUCAGCGCUUUGCCCUGUCACGUCGCAUAUUCCUAAAGCUCACCUACAACAAUAACACCACAUCUAAUGGUACAUGAGUAAAGGUGGAUUGCUUGUAAUGGGUUUGACACAAAAGGUAUGCCUUUUUCUGACAUGACAAAUUUGAGCCUGAUACACGUUCUCUGGUAGCACUAAGCUACAUCUCUUACUCUGCUCAGGAAUCACUACUGCAGGGAAUUUCAGCUCAUAACAUUCUUCUACAUUUCACACAUAAAUUAGUCUGAAUGAAAAAGCAGCAAGGUUGAUGGCUGUCUGUAUUUACCAUCAGGUAUAAGCAUGACUGAUCUGCAGCUAAACUCUGAUCUUCUGUGUGUUCAGACACUUUUCCAUCAGAAUCAGCACAAACGUUUUGUUUUGUUUUUUUAAACUUUGAGC